UCCUGGGUUCAGUUCUCGCCGGAUCUUGAAAUGGCGACGGCGAUGACUUGUUCGAGACUGACGAUUUUUACGGUGGCCGGAAUAUUCCUUCAGAUCAUUGGUCUCUCGAUUUUUGUUUUCGGUUUCUUCCCCGUCAAGCCGACUCUCUCCGGCGUCAGUGGUUCAGAGAGCUAUCGUGAUCCUUUCUGUGAUUCUUCUCCGAAUUCGAACGAAUCUGAGCUUCAUUCUGAUAAACUGAGAUUGCAUUACCAGGAGCUAUCUGGCAUCUCUGUGAAAUAUGAUCGAGUGAUUUUGAUGGUUAUUGAUGGGCUUCCUGCGGAGUUUGUUCUUGGGAAAGAUGGUCAACCUCCAAGGAAGGUGUGGAAAGAGUCGAUGCCUUAUACUCAGUCACUGUUGGCUAAUAGAGAUGCUAUUGGUUACCAUGCUAAAGCAGCUCCUCCAACUGUUACAAUGCCGAGGUUAAAGGCGAUGGUUUCUGGGGCAAUCGGUGGUUUCUUGGAUGUGGCUUUCAAUUUUAACACGCAAGCCUUUUUAGAAGACAACCUUCUUGGUCAAUUUUUUAGGAUUGGUUGGAAAAUGGUGAUGCUUGGUGAUGAGACGUGGCUCAAGUUAUUCCCAGGGCUAUUUAUGAGACAUGAUGGUGUUAGCAGUUUCUUUGUCAAAGAUACAGUACAGGUAGACCGAAAUGUUUCUCGACACCUACCGGAUGAGCUAAACAGUGAUGAUUGGAAUUUCUUGAUCCUUCAUUACCUUGGUUUGGAUCAUGUUGGACAUACUGGAGGCCGUAACAGCCCUUUGAUGGCUGCAAAACUUAAAGAAAUGGAUGACAUAGUUAGAACAAUGCAUUUAAGAGCGAUGAUGGAUCGUAACCAUGAUCAAGGACAGACUCUUUUGGUAGUAGUCAGUGAUCAUGGCAUGACUGAUAAUGGAAAUCAUGGAGGAUCGUCAUAUGAAGAAACUGACUCCUUAAUGCUCUUCAUUGGCUUGAGUAACAAUGGUUCUGAUUAUGGUGCAGCUAUCAAUAAUGUAGCUUUCCAGGUAGAUUUGGCGCCAACUUUAGCUCUUCUAUUUGGUGUCCCGAUCCCAAAGAACAAUGUUGGAGUGGUUGUCCCAGGAACACUCAAUUCUUUACGAGAUUAUGAGCAACUACGGGCACUAGAACUGAAUUCAUGGCAGUUACUUAGACUAAUGCAAGCACAGAUCCCGAGUUCCUUAUUUGAAGGUUUCUCCUGCAAUUGCUUCGUCGAUGGAAUUUGUAAGGGUUUGGAUAUUAGCGAGUGCUCUGGGGAGAAAGAGAAACAGCUUAUUUGCCUGUUUAGGAACGCUGCACUUCUCCAUCACAUUUGGAAGUCCAAGAAAUUGACAGAGUCUUCUCGUGCCAUGGAAGAUUUCAGCCGAGCUUUAGAUGCAUAUAACGCCUUCUUGAAAACUGCAAGUGAGUGGUUAGCAAGCAAAACCACUGAAAAACCAGUUUUCUUACUCGGUCUUGGGUUGAGUGCCAUGCUUCUUUCAUGCAUCGUCUGUGCCACUCUCUUUCUGUCCUUAUUCAAAGAGGUUUACCAUGAGCCCAAGGAUCGAGUCUGCAGUUUGAGUUAUCGGUUAAAUUUGGAAGAGGUGUUAAUUUUUGCUCUUCUUUUGAUCCUGGUUAUAAGCAUGGGAUCUAGUUCAAUGGUGGAAGAAGAGCAUUAUAUAUGGCAUUUCAUGGUAUCGACGUUCCAUCUUCUGUUACUCUUCAAGACAGCAAAGUUGUUCGAUUUAUCCAAGGGGAGGAACAUACUUGGAGAUUAUAAAGUUGUUUCUAUCUUCUUGCUUCUUAUAUCUGGUAGACUACUAAGAGGUUGGCAUCAAGGGGGCGUGAACUGGACUUACCUUCCUGAUAUUUCGAAGUGGCUAGAGCAAGUUGGCAGUGGUUAUGUGAAAUGGAUUCAGCUAAUCUCAAACAUCAUUGUUAUUGGUCUAGGACUAUUUACUCUUUCUCGAACAGGAUCAAAGAAAAAAAGUGUCUGCGUCCUAGCUUUGGGUUUCCUAACUUGUGGGCUCCUAGUCUUGCUGCAUGCCGGGAGAUAUCAGGAUGAAAUGCUUGAAGUGUCAACUGAAUUUGGAGCCACUGUCAUAGUAAAAGUUAUCUAUUUGCUUCUUUUUAUAUCUGCGAUUGGAGCUGCUUUAGUUUUGCCAUGGUCUAUGCUAAACAAAGACAAGUCCUUUCUAGCUGAAGCAGGUGAUUACUUAUAUUUGAUUGGCUCUGCAUACAUACUAUGCUGGUGUCUUCUACAUCUACUUCUCCAACAACCGAUCAACUCGGGGCCCAUAAUUUUGCUUCUCAUCCAGAUUUUAGCAAUUUCAUGUCUUUCUUCUAAUGAUGUUCAAGUGAAUGAAUGGGUCGAGAUUGCUGCACUCUACUACAUGGGAAUGGCAGGUCAUUUUGCUCUUGGAAACAGCAAUACUUUAGCAACGAUCGAUGUUGCUGGUGCUUUUAUCGGAAUUUCUAGUCAUUCUACAAUACUAUCUGGGAUCUUGAUGUUCAUGAUCACGUAUGCAUCUCCCAUGCUGUUCCUUUUAUCUCUUGUCAUGUACGUUGGUGCAAAACUAAGAAACCAAUCACAAUAUUCGACAAUAUCAACUCAUCGGGAAACAAGUCUUGGACAAAUUUUGAAGCUAAAGCUCGGGUUCCCUUGUCUUGUUCCGCUUUGCAUCAACUCAGUGCUCUUGACGGCAUACACUGUGGUCUUGCUACUCAUGAGGAAUCACCUCUUUGUGUGGAGCGUCUUCUCUCCCAAGUACCUAUAUGUGUGUGCAACCACUCUGUGCACAUACAUCGGAGUUUGUAUCGUAGCUGUUACUGUAACCUACACUUUCUUUGUCACGACCUUCCGCAGAAGCAAUAGAACUACUAGACACGACAACUCAUAGUUAUGGUCUUUAUUAUGUAGGGAGACAGAGAAACUAAUAGAGAGAUAAUGUGAUCCUGAGAUUUGAAAGUAAAAGAAACUCUGAAUCCACUUUAGUUUCACAUGAUUCUGAUAAACUAGUAUUUUUUUAUUAUUAUUGUAAAUAAGAAUGUUGCCUUUACAACU